UGAUAACGCCCGCAACGAGAAGAGAUGCAAUGGAGAUGGCGGUAAUCUUUUUGCACCACGCCAAUUGGCCCCGCACAGAACAACAGGAUGCGUCCAGCUUUGCAGAGACUUCUCGCGAGGCCCUCCUCUCUGGAGAUUCUCCGAUAUUUAGUGGGAAAUGCACAAGAACUCCGCCCUGCAGUUACCAGAACUCGACGAUGCUCCCGUUCUCCGUUCGAUAACCGUCAAUACUCGAGUGCCGCUGUGGGACCGCAAGAGGAGGCUGCGCUCGUUUUGGGGGAUGGUAGCCCGGAAAUCGCCUCUCCAAUAUCCAAAUCCAGUACCCCCUCCCGACUCGUCCGAAAAUACAAGACUGGACAGGCAAAUAAUCAACCACGGUACUCAAAUCUCAACUAUGGGCCAUGGAACGAGAGUUUAUGGACCCGCGAUGAAAUUGAGUUCGAAUCAAACUUGGACGGAGAGGCUACAUCAAGACCAAGACUACUCGAUCAACCGGCCCACCGAAUGGAUGUUCGACUCUGGGCUUGUCUCUUCGAUUAUAGACAGCGACUUUACGGUCUUUCUGGGGUGGCAAUGUUCUGGGAAGCAGUUAAGAGAGGCGACUUUCAGGUCCCCGUGAUAGGAGCCUACGCGCAGCGAUUCUGGGAGGAAUUUGUGAAUCUUGGCUUGCAGGACAGCAAAGUGCUCAAAGAAGUAUGGCGAUAUGCAGAUCAGCGAUUGGAAGAAACACAGGAACGCUGGUCUAAGCUCUACGUCAAGAUUAUUCAACAUCUGCUGCUCAAUGGCCGUGGCCAAGAAGCCAUUGAUUGGCAUAGUCGAUUGAUCGAACGCCAUGCCCCCGGCCCGAAUGGGUUUGCAGAGAUGGUCCGCCAGGUUGUCUUCAAGAGAGGGGACAUGGAAGCGCUAAAAGAAAUAUACAAGGGCAACAAUCAUCGCAAUGUCUAUGGGAAAAUCGUUCCAUUCUUGUGUGAGCAGGAAGACUUCAAAAGUGCCUUGCAAUGGCACUUCAUACUCCUUGAAAAGGGCGAUUUACCUGCGAGUUCAAAGAAAGCCGAGCCUUUGGUUCAUUUUCUUGCUAUAUACAAUCGCCGAAAAGCAGUUCAAGUCACCAAAAGUCUUGUGGAUGCUGGCGUUCCCUUCGCCUCGAGGAUUUCGUCGACACUCAAUGACAAUACCAAAAUAUCUCGAGAGAUGAUGAAUCUCAUACAUGGAAAAACCUUUCAUAUACCUGUUAAAGCUUAUAAUGAUAACCUGGGGGCUCGGUGGUUGGCCACCCAAUGGGUCUCGCUGGACGUCGCCUUGAACGCUAUCCAUGCCCUUGGGGUCCAAGAAAUUGGCCCGUUGUCAUUACAGGCAAUCGCACUGCGCGAACGGGAUGCCGAGCGCAUCACGCAGCGUAUUAAUCAGCUCAAAGACCUCGAUAUUUCCAUUGGCAAUUCCACAUUUUCCAGAGCCGUGGAAAAGUUUGCCCGCACUCAAAACCAGGAAUUUCUCGAUGGUCUUCUGAAAAGCGACCAACAUCCUGACGAAUUUGACGACCACAAUCUUCAAGAGCAACUGUUAACUUCUUAUGCACGCUCACGGGAUUGGUUUCAGUAUAGAUUGACCUUGGCGAUUCGAUUAGUCGGUAGUAAACAUCCCGAAAUGGAUACCCAGAACAUUAUACUGAGAAGUCAUGUUAAUAACGGUGAUACAUCCGCUAUGUUGGCGUCUCUACGGAAGAUGCAGAUGGAUGGCAUAGUGGUCACUGCAAAUACGGUCAAUCAUAUUCUCCACGGUAUCCUGCGGCCCCGUCAACGAGGUCGGCGACCCAUCACUUCGACUAUCAAGAACGCGGACGACCUGAAUAUGGCCAUCUCCAUAUUGAAAGGCAUAAUGGAAUCGGGUAGUUUUGUGUCAGCCACAUACUGGCGGGAAAUCAUUAAACGACUCGGCAUGCUAGGUCGAUUGAAGGAGCUCGAAGAUUUAUGUGUCUUUCUCGCCUCUUGGUAUGGCCCUGCAAAUACGACUUCAUUCCUAAGCCCAACGGUGGCAAAACGAGUACAUCGGUACCGCGUUCCGACACAAGUCAAGACGUCCCACCCUCUGCACCCUCUCAAAAUUCUCUUCCCGCCAGCCUUGCAGCAAGCGAUUGUGGAAUGGGGAUUCAUGCAUUCUCUUAAGAACCCGCCUCGCCACACAACCGAACCGGCGGGGCUGAUCCGCAAAGCAGAUGUAUCUCCUCCGAUUACCUUCGGAAUCAGUCUUCUGAAGCGACUUCAUCAAUACCGAGUUCACAUCAAUAUAAACACCGUCAGGAAAGCCAUCUUCAAUCGCUUGGUUACAUAUUACGGGCCAGGACGAUCUAAUCGAUUAUCCAACAGACAGGCAAGGAAGCAUAAUGUCCUCUCUUUAGAGGAAAUGGCUGGGCAGAUCGAUGAAGCAUUGGGAAGACGGACGUUUGCUAGUCCGUAUCUCCGACAGGUGAUUGAGUCACGUGGAAGUUCGAGGCUACGGAAACGUCUGCGGAAGAACGCUGCACGUAGCAAUGCUGGAUAUCUCAAGGCACCAAAGCAAGGGGUCUUGAACUUAUCUAAUUAGCGUCUCUAUCUGGAGAGGUGGAAGAAGGCAUAUACGUCGAGUCUCAUGUGUAUA